AUGGCGUCUCUCGGAAAGCUCCUCUCGACGGCCGGCCUCCUGCUCUUGGGCGGCCAUGGCAUGUUGGCUUCGGCCGAGGACCACCUGAUCAGUGAACGCAAGCUCUCCAAACGGUUCAUCGACGACAACGGCAACUACAACAUCUCCUUCUAUCACAUCAACGAUGUCCAUGCCCAUCUCGAUCAGUUCUCCUCCUCCGGCACCGACUGCACCAACCCGGCCAAGGGCUGCUACGGCGGUUAUGCCCGCGUCAAGACCGUCAUCGACGAGACCCGCCCCCAGCACAAGGACUCGCUUUUCCUCAACGUUGGUGAUGAGUUCCAGGGUACCAUGUUCUUCUCCUACUACGGCGGCGAGAAGAUUGCCGAGACCCUCAACCAGAUGGGCUUCGACGGCAUGACGCUGGGCAACCACGAGUGGGACAAGGGUGACGAGGUCCUCGGUCAGUUCCUUGAGAACCUGACCUUCCCCAUCAUCUCGGCCAACGUCUUCUCCGACAACGCCCGUCUCAACCGCACCAUCAAGCCCUACCACAUCUACGAGGAGUACGACCUCGCCGUUAUCGGUGUCACUACCGAGACCGUCCCCUCCAUCUCCUCGCCCGGCCCGGGCACCAAAUUCACCGACGUUGUCCAAGCCGUACAGGAUACCAUCGACCACAUCCACUCCACCACCUCCAUCAAGCGCGUCGCCGCCAUCACCCACAUCGGCUACGACGAAGACCAGCGUCUCGCCAAGGAAACCUCGGGUCUCUACCUCAUCAUGGGCGGCCACUCCCACACCCCUCUCGGCGACUUCCCCGGCGCAGAGGGCCCUUACCCCACCAUCGUCAAGAACAAGGACGGCGACGAGGUCUUCAUCGUCACCGCCUACCGCUGGGGCGAGUACCUCGGCUACAUCGACGUCACCUACGACGCCGACGGCAAGAUCCUCGAGUACCACGGCGGCCCCAUCCACCUGACCAACGAGACCAAGCAAGACGAGAAUCUCCAGAAGCAAAUCGACGCGUGGCGCGUACCCUUCGAGGAGUUCUCCAAGCAGGAGAUCGGCACCAGCAACGUCAUCCUCGAGCAGUCCACCUGCCAAACCAAGGAGUGCACAAUGGGCAACUUCAUCUGCGACGCCAUGCUCGACUACCGCCUCAACGGUUCCUCCGAAGGCGACCUCCCUUCUUUCGCCCUCACCAACGCCGGCGGUAUCCGCGCCUCUAUCGACGUCGGCCCCAUCACCCGCGGCGAAGUCCUCACUGCCUUCCCCUUCGGCAACGCCGUCGUCGAAAUUGUUUUGUCAGGCCAACAGCUCUGGGACGUGCUAGCGGGUAUCGUCGCCCGCGUCAACAAGGCCAACGGCAAAGCCGUCACUUCCUUCCUGCAGGUCUCUCGCGGCAUCAAGAUCGAGUACCAGCCUACCAACUCGCCCGAUAACGGCGUCGGCACCCUUGCGGCCGUCACCAUCGGCGGCGAGAAGCUUGACCUCACGAAGCAGUACAAGGUCGUUACUAUCGACUUUGUUGCUGGUGGAGGCGAUAACUUCUUCUCGGAGGCGUUUGCUAACUUGGUUGUGCUGGAUACGCUUGAUGAGGUUCUCGUGAAUUAUAUCGAGAAGACGACGCCCGUGGAUGUCAGGAUUGAGGGACGUAUUGCACCUUAUAGCAAGUGCGGUGGGAGGAAGAAGAGCAAGAAGUUUAGAAGGGAGAGGGAGUAA